CGAUGGUUACUUUUUACCAAAUAAAGAAACUCUUUAUCUGUCACGCCCCAGAACCCGAAUCCGAGGCGCGACAGACGCCGUGCACUCGUGAGACGGGUCCCACAAAUGCACAAGGCUCGGAACUUACUGAACAAAAUCAGUUUUGAUACCAUACAAUUUCCAAUUAAAAUCUAACUUACAAGAGCGUGGUGUACAUGUAUUUAAAAUCUAUGUCAAAUCUCAAGUGGCUACCCUUUUAUCACGUCACUCCCCUUGAUUUCCGAGUCUCGGGGCACACUACCUGAAAUGGUGGACGAGAAAAACGAGGUGAGAUAACUCAAUAAGUAAAAUAUGGAUUGCCCUUAAUUAAACUUAUAGCAUGCCAACAAGUUCAUACUUGUGUAAAACGGGUUUAGUCCCGCCACCAUUUCAAAAACAAAUCAAAACAUGCUUUUAAAAUCAAAGGGCGUUACCAUAAUUUACUUACCUCACUCGCAUAAAACCGAGUACUCAAUUCACGUACUAAAUUGACAGGACGAUCAAGAACCUAAUCAAGAUAUUUCAAGAAUUAAUACCACUAUCAUAAAUUCAAGCUGAAAUCAUCAUUAGGAUCAUUCCUAAUCACAAUGCUAUUCCUAUCAAUCUCCACAUGAUCAAAUAUCUCCAAAUUCGUUCUCAUAUCACAAACUAAUCACUUAAAUUCCCGUUAAAUGUUGGCCCUCGGGGUGUGAACAGUAACCGGUGAACAGUAACCCCGACGUGCACAGAAUACCGCAGAGUUUGUAAAAUGGCAUAUUCAAUGAGGUCCACUGAGAAUUGCCAUCCUAUCCAUGAAGGGAUUUAUCCCAAAAUUAAUUUCAUGCAGGGUGCAAACCCAAAAGCAAUAAAAGAGUUAUUUAGUUACAAUUUUGUAAACUGUAUUUAUCUCUCAAAGGAUAAUGAGGAAGUUUCAGAACUUCCAGAAGUUAUACGCCAAGGAGUAAAAGACUUCAAAACUUGCACCAAAGCUCAAGGGGUUGUAUUUGUCAAAAUCUACUCUGCAGUACUAGAAUGGGAGAAAUCUCAAUAUUUCCCUAGUCAUCAUAUAGUUCAAAUUGGAAUCCAAUCCAAGAAAAUCAAGGUAGAAGCGAAUGAAGAUCAAAAUUUUCAAGACUUUGAAAAGUCUCUUUGUGGGAUCGAGUUCAUUCAAGAGAGACAAGCUCUAGGAUUUAAGGUUGUACUCCAAACCUUUGAUAGAACGAUAGAGAUGAGGAAAACAUGGACAUAUGGCUUCUCCAAAGAAAUCUCGAUGGUAUCCACUGGUGCAAGAUUAAUGACAAGCAUCAGCCUAUUCAAAAUAAAGCAGAAAAGAAAGGAAAUCUUUGAAAAUCUUGUUCCAACCAAUAAAGCAGUCCAUAAUAGACUAUGCAAGCUGUUAAAGCAUGACAACCAUUAUGGUUUCUGCUACAAAAAAGAAUCUGCAAAAGGAAAAGUUGAAGCCCCAUGUGACAAAGGGACCACCUCCUCAAACAAUGAAGAGGAUCUCAUCAUCCUCUGAAGAAUCCAAUGAAAAAGAAAAAAGAAAAAAAAAAAAAGAAAACGUAAGCGCUUAC